AGGAAAGGCAUGCAUAUGAGUAAGCAGUUGGUAUUUCUGUUUACAGGCCCUGCUGAAAAGGAGGGAGCACAUGCUUUCAGUUUCAAAUUGCAAGCAAAGACUAAGAGAGAAAAGCCAUGGUCGACAGAGUCCUGACAGAGACGGGGAAGAUUUUUAUCAAACCAAUUAACUGGGGCCCUAUAGCCUUGUGGAAAGACCGAUUAGAGCGAAGAUUGCUUGAGGAGAAGUUGGAGAAACUACAAAAAGAAUAUGCCACAGAAAUCAAAAGCUACACUGAAAACUACUCCCACCUUGCAGAGAAGAGGGGGCUGCCCUCAGCAAUCUCAGAACUAAGCAAUCUUGGAAUUACAGCGAUUUACAACCCAGAUCCUGCAGAAGUGACUGGGCCAGUUGAGUCAGCAGACACUACAGAUACCCUCAAGCUUUGUCCUCCUGAAGAUUUCCUGAAAGUUUGUAAAGAAAGAGCGGGAGAGAUCUAUCCAAUAAAGGAGAGAACAGACCGCACUCGCCUGGCUCUCAUUAUAUGCAAUAGAGAGUUUGAUCACCUUCAGCCCAGGCAGGGGGCUGACCUUGACAUCACAGGGAUGAAAGAGUUGCUUGUGGGCCUCGACUACAGUGUGAUUGUGGAAGAGAACCUCACAGUCAAGGAGAUGGAGAAAGUGCUGGUGGAAUUUGCUGCCCGCCCAGAGCACAGGACCUCAGAUAGUACAUUCCUGGUGUUCAUGUCCCAUGGCCUCCUGGAUAGACUCUGUGGGACUCAGCACAGCGAGGAAAACCCAGAUGUGCUACCUUAUGACAGCAUCUUUCGGAUAUUCAACAAUCGCAACUGCCCCAGUCUCAAGGACAAACCUAAGGUCAUCAUUGUCCAGGCCUGCAGAGGUGAAAAUCGCGGAGAAUUGUGGGUUAGUGACUCUCCAGCAGCUGUGACAGACAGCACUUCACAGUCACCUGGGAACCUGGAAGAGGAUGCCGUUUACAAAGCUCACGUGGAGAAGGACUUCAUUGCUUUCUUCUCCUCAACCCCACAUAACAUGUCCUGGAGAGACCCUAGUAAAGGUUCUCUCUUCAUCACAAAACUAAUCAAAUGCUUCCAAAUGUAUUCUUGGUGCUGUCACCUCCAGGAAGUAUUUCAGAAGGUACAACUAUCAUUCGAAAAGCCAGAUGUUAGAGCCCAGAUGCCCACCAUUGAACGGCUCUCCAUGCCAAGAUAUUUCUACCUCUUUCCUGGCAAUUGAAAAUAAUGAUUGCAUAUUUCCAAACUCAGGAAAAUUUUAUUCUCUAAGAAGCUCUUGGAUAUUGUCUAAAAUAAUUUGGCAUUUGGUUCAAGAUGGGACGACCUUACUGUAUUUGUAUAGAAAUGCAAAUAUCUUCAGAUAAAAAACAGAAAGAGAAUGGGGAGUGUCAGCAAUGGGAGAGAGAAUAUUAAAAUUUCUGGAAAGAUGAAUAUUGAUAGAGAAAUUUUGGCACCAUGACUAUCAGAAGUACUAACUGAGGAUAUGUACUACUUCUGUUAUAUACACAUAGAAUGUUAAUGAAAUAUUUGAGUACUUAGCUAAACUGAAUUAAAAUAAGAUGUUCUCAGUUUCAAAUAACACCAUAACUGUCUAUAUUUAUUAACAUAAUUGUUAAUAUCAAUAUUUAAUAUUAAAAUAAUAUGAACGCUAUAUUCAUAUUAUUUUAAUAAUUUUGAUUACUAUAAAGGAUUUUAUAUAUAAGAAAUCAAUUUAACCAUCACAGCAACCCUACAAAGUAAUUGCUAUCAAUAUCUCUGUUCUACCUAUAAUAAAGCAAAAGUAUAUAGAGUAUAAAUGACUUUCCAAAUGUCACUCAGUUAGUAGGUGUAUACACCAUGAUUUGAACUCAAUUUGACUUUCUCUAGAAUCCGAGUUAUUGACCACUGUUCUGCAUUGUCUCUGAAAGCCAUGAAAAACAGAAGCUAUAAGAGUUUUAAAUUGUAAGGUUUAACCAAAUUUUGUGUUGUAAUGUUUAACUUACGCUACAAAGAUUCAUAAUAUUUAUAUUUCUGGACUUGGCUGUCUGUGUAGAAACAUGAGACACAUCACAAAGAUCCAAAAGCACAUACUCUAGAGAAUUCAUUCUUCUGCUGUGUGAUAAUAUUAAAAAUCAAAUAAUAUAAAGAUUUUCACACAUCACCACAGAGUUGAAAAAAACACAAACACAUGCACAUAUAUAUUAAUAUUUCAUAUGCAUAUACUAGUUACAUACACAUGUAAACAUAUAAAAACAAAAAAGAAAAAAAUGAACUAAGCAUUAAACUUGAGAAGUCAGAAAAUACUGAACCAAUAAGGAAAUAGGAAAAUGAAAAUAGAUAUUGAAACACAAAAAUCAAUGAGAUGUCAUGAAACAAAAAAAAUUGAGCAGAUCAAGAAAAGCAAAAGCUGGUCUUUAAAAAAUACUAAUAGCAGACAUUCAGUAAGAUUGAGUAUGAAAAAUAAGAAUGAGUAGAAACGCAAUAUA